CCGCCCCCUCCCAUCGGAGCCCCGCCCACAGAGCGCUCAGCCCCGCCCGCGCUGCCGGGCGCACGGAACGUAUCGGCUCUUGGGCGGGAGGCCGCGGCGAUGGCGGAGGCGGGCGCUGCCGGGGCGGGAGCCGCUGUGGCGCUGGUGGAGCGCGGCGCCGGCCGGGGCGCGGACCCCGGCGAGCUCGUGGCUCUGGCGCAGCAGGUGCAGAAGGCAGAUGAAUUCAUCCGAGCUAAUGCCUGCAACAGAUUGACUGUCAUAGCUGAGCAAAUCCGGUAUCUGCAGGAGCAGGCCCGGAAGGUCUUGGAUGAAGCUAACAGAGAUGCUGAUCUUCAUCAUGUAGCCUGCAAUAUUGUGAAGAAACCAGGAAACAUCUACUACCUGUACAGGCGGGAAAGUGGCCAGAGAUACUUUUCCAUCCUUUCUCCUAAGGAAUGGGGGACCAAUUGCCCACAUGAGUUCCUUGGUGCCUAUAAGCUUCAGCACGAUAUGUCCUGGACUUCAUCCGAGAACACUGAGAAACGAGAUGCUGAAAUUAGCAUCCUUGACAAGCUGCUGAGCCAGCAGGCAGUGUUGCCUCAGUGUACGGAGCCCAACUUCCAAGGCCUCACCAAGUGAAGCAGGCUGACAAUAACCGUGCAGGCAUUCUGAACAGCUUCUAGAAGAGGAUGGAUUUUCCUUACCUGAUUACUGCAAAAGGAGUUCUAAGAAUAGAGACCAACAAAUUAAAACAGACUUUAGCAGCUCAGUUCAGCUACCCCUGGUUCCAGAUUUUCAUUUAAAACUCUAACACAAACCCUUUCUGCCUUGCCCCACAGCAUCUAACGACUUGUAGUUUGGUUAAUUACUCUACCAGCUCUAAGAACAGACAUCUCUCGAGUUCCUCUAGUAUCUUCUCCCAUGAUUUACUAGGGCCUGGUCUACACUACAGAGUUAGGUGGAUGUAAGGCAGCCUACAUCGACCUAAUUAUGUCAGUGUACACACUACAGCCUUGCUCCUGCUGAUGUAAGUGACCUAUUACUCAGAUAUAACAACUCCACCUCCAUGAGAGGCGUAGGGCUUAUGUCGGUGUAGUUAGGGCAACGCUGUGUGUGUGUGUGGACACUGCAGGAUAUUUACAUCGGCUGUUGGCUGUCAUUCAGUGAGGACUCAGGGUUCAGAAGUGCAUUUGUGUGAAGUGUUACUCAGAGAAGAAGACACCAGGCUUGAUCCACCAUCUGAGCACUUGCUCUGCCUGGCUGCCCUGCCAGCCGCUUCUUUUCGCUGCCUGUCAGUCACCUGCAUGUCUCCUGUGACCUCUGUAGGUCAGUCUCUUUGGGCUUGUCCACACGAGCACUGUAAAGUGCUCUAACUUGCUGGCUCAUGGGGGUGAAAAAUCACCUCCCUGAGCACAGCAAGUUUGAGCACUUUAAAGUGCUAGUGUGGAUAGCCCCAUGUGACCACACACACUUCAAAGCACUGCUAUUAGAGCUCUUUGACGUUUCUAGUGCAGACAUAACCUUAAUGAGUAUUAGCUCUCAGCAGGUUGGGCAGAAACACUUCCCACUGCAAGUGAUUUCAGCUCUCAUUGAGUACUUAGCAAAGGCUCCUAAUGAAGCCUAUUUAACUCUGUCUUUGAACAGUGGGAAGGAACAGGUUAAACCAGACUAGGGAACCUUGGAAGAGUCUACACCUAGCUGGGACACCCUCUCACUUUCACAGGGCUGGCAUUUGAGCCAUUGGCUUAACGAGGUCCUUUUAGCUGAGGGUGACCCCCUCAUUUGGGAUAGAUUAAGCACAGUUCUGCUCCCCUUUAGUCAUACAAUAAAGACAACACUGAUAAUGGCAUUUCACUACCCCAAUAUUCAGUACUAAAGUGAUUUGUAACCCAACUCCAGCCAAAGCUGAUCACUUUGAGCAAUACUGCUCGAUCUACUGGAUAUUAUGGCAGAGUAGGUGUGUUCAUGUAAAUACAAUUUGCUCCUGAAGUCUCUCCCCCUCCCAGCUAGCUGUCAAGGGAGAGUUCAAUCAGACCAUGCUUACAGCAGUUUGACUUGUGCCAAAUGGUAGUGAGGUCAGUACUAUCCAGUGGAGUAAAUAGAAGUACCUUAUUCUUGGAAAGCGUACCAGCACUUCCCAGGGUGCUGAGCAGGUUCCCAUUGGUCUGAUAAUGCAUAAGCCAGACUCAGUGCAGGGAAGCCUGUCAUAGAAGAUUCAAGAAACUAGGCUCUCUAGGGCACCUUUCAUCUGCUGCCUCCUUCAGGGGAGUAAGGCCUAGGGGAGUCCAGCAGGUGCCAUUCUUUUGGUUUGUUUUUCUGAUAAGGAAAAAACAGAUUUGAUUUUUUUGUUAAAACUAAUGUUAAAAUGAUCAACUACACAGGUUAAGGAAAGAGCAUUUAUACAUCUGGCUAUAAUGCUUACAUUAUCCAAAAGUACAAAGUUUAGUUUAAAAGUCAGAAAAUACAUAUAGUACAUAAUCUAGAACUUUGCCAAAACACAAUGCCAUUUCCUGUACAUAUACCUGGGGCAUGCAAAGUGUCUAGUGUGACUGAACACAGGGCCCCUAGGUGCUCAGCUUAAAUAUUGUAGCAUUGUGUUAUCAGGUUUUCCUCGAAUACUCCACCACAAAAUAAUGUCAGAAGCAGCUGUGCUGCCAGAAUAGGAAAGAGAUCUGUUCUCCUUCUUUAUUAUGAGGACUCUGGUGGCACCUUAAAGACUAACAGAUUUAUUUGGGCAUAAUCUUUCGUGGGUAAA